CAGCUAGCUAACAGCACUAGCCGGUGUAAAGCUAAGCUGGCUAGCUGAGAAGAUGGCAGCUUCGCUGGAAGACGAGUUUGAAGACGCCCCUGAUAUAGAGCCGCUGGAGCCCACGCUGAAGAACAUCAUCGAGCAGAAAUCUCUCAAAUGGAUUUUCGUGGGCGGGAAAGGUGGAGUUGGGAAAACGACCUGCAGCUGUAGUUUGGCAGUCCAGCUGGCUGCAGUGAGGGAGAGCGUUCUCAUCAUCUCCACAGAUCCGGCUCACAACAUCUCAGAUGCCUUCGACCAGAAGUUCUCCAAAGUGCCCACCAAAGUGAAGGGCUAUGACAACCUGUUCGCCAUGGAGAUCGACCCGAGCCUGGGUGUGGCAGAGCUGCCGGAUGAGUUCUUUGAGGAGGAUAACAUGUUGAGCAUGGGCAAGAAGAUGAUGCAGGAGGCCAUGAGUGCUUUCCCUGGCAUCGACGAGGCCAUGAGCUACGCUGAGGUCAUGAGGUUAGUGAAAGGGAUGAAUUUCUCAGUGGUCGUGUUUGACACAGCUCCCACAGGCCACACUCUGCGUUUACUCAACUUCCCCACUAUAGUGGAGCGCGGCCUAGGUCGCCUCAUGCAGAUCAAGAACCAGAUCAGCCCCUUCAUCUCCCAGAUGUGUAAUAUGUUGGGACUGGGAGAUAUGAAUGCAGACCAACUUGCCUCAAAACUGGAGGAGACCCUUCCUGUUAUCCGCUCAGUCAGUGAGCAGUUUAAGGACCCGGAGCAGACGACGUUCAUCUGCGUAUGCAUCGCAGAGUUCCUGUCUCUGUACGAGACGGAGCGGCUCAUCCAGGAGCUAGCCAAGUGCCGUAUCGACACACACAACAUCAUCGUCAACCAGCUCGUAUUCCCAGACGCAGAGAAGCCGUGCAAGAUGUGUGAGGCCAGACACAAGAUCCAGUCCAAAUACCUGGACCAGAUGGAGGACCUGUACGAGGAUUUCCAUAUAGUUAAACUGCCUCUGCUGCCUCAUGAGGUACGAGGAGCAGAUAAAGUCAACACGUUUUCCAAACUUCUCCUGGAGCCCUAUAACCCACCCAACAAGUGACUUAUCUCCUCUUAAACCCUCCCACCUUCCCUACAUACACACUCACACAUACACACUCACACACACACACACACACACACACAAACUCACAUACAUACACACUCACAUGUUCACCGUUCACUCACGCACUGCUCUCUGGUACAUUAACCUUCUCGGAAGCCACAGCUGCAUACACACAAAUCAUCGUUAUCACUAAUAUUAAUAAUACACAUAUUCUGCACGGCACUCUCAUACAAGAACGCAACCAUUUAUACUUCUGUCUCUCUCUCUAUCUUUUUGUCUUUUUCUUUCUUUUGUUUCUUUAAAUUUCUCUUCUUUUGCAUUUCUUACUUUCUUUAUUUUCAUUAUUUCAUUUUAAGACCCCAUUCAUGCCUGGUUAGUAAAAAUUGCAGGUGUAAAUGGGACGAGUGAAUCCCGGUAAUGUGAUCAAUCAAACCACUUUCAGAGGUGAUUGGACAUGCAUCUUAAAUCGUACCUGACAGCAAAGCCCCUCCCACACUAACCGUGUCACUACCCCAGCUGGAACAUUUAAAAUAACCGUGAUACCACACCGUCCACCCUCCACACAAGUAAGCUAAGCAUGCUACACUAACAAGCUAACAGAUAAAGCAAUACUCCUGAGAAACAGAUUCGAUUUGCCUGCAGUCUGAACACAGCUUAGGUGGAUUUCUGUCCUCUGGAUUUGGGUUAAGGACUAGUGGAGUCAUGCAGACGCGAGAGCUGAGUGCUGCACAGUAUGAAAAUGUGUUUGUUUGUAGCUGUGAUGGUUAUCUGGGUAAUAAAUCAGCUUAAACUGCACCUGUACAGCCGCUAAGCUCAAAUAUGAGGAGUAUGUGUGAUAGUUGGGUCAGAUUGAGACCAGAUUAUGUUCUCACCACAAAUGAACCUCUCCAGUGUUGGUUUGCGACCAAACCGAGACUGCAUCCUCUUGCGGGUCUCCUGAGCGUGAUUGCUGUUUUCACACCUGCCCAAACAAACCAGAUUCUGAAACGGCUCUAAGACUGCAGCGGAAAUGAUUACAGUGAGAAAUCAGAUCAUUAGGGCUCGCAAAAGACAUAUUUAAGAUAUAUUUAAGCUCUAAAAUGGCGUGAACAGGGUCUAAUAGGGCUGAGCAAUGUGGUAUAAAUAUUUUCAUCUUUUCACACAUAUACAGAUAAAAUGCAUUAAUAAAUAGUAUUAUAAUUACUUAAUUGUAAUUACUGAUUUUUUUUCAGAAUGUUCUGGACUUCAUCCAAUUUAACAGUUACACUAAUUACACUUUCUGUAAUGAAUUGUGUAGUAGUUGAUCAUUGAUAAAAAUCCACAGUAUACUUAAGAGAUUUGUAUAAUUUAUACUAAACAAUAAAUAAUAAUAAUUUCUUAUAUUCAUAUUCUUUAUUUAUUUAUGUUUUGUUCUUUCUUCUUUUUUUCCUAUUUUCACCCCCACAUCCUUUCUUUCCUCCCACAGAGAGACAGUAAUGCUCACAGUACCGGUAAUGCUACACUUAAUUCUGUGUUGUGUCAAAUUCAGCAUCCCCGCCAGGAAAAGCACCCACUCUUAGGGGAGUGCGCAAAAUAGUCAUGUCACCUGUAGCCUCUCCCGAGAGGGGGUGCUUUUCCUGGCGGGGGUGCUGAAUUCGGCACAACAACGGAUCAUAACUCUCAUUCUUUCAUUCUUCUCUGUUUAUUCAAGUCUCAUUGAUGGUUGUUCUAUAGUUUUAUGGUGACUUGUGAGUGUGUGCACACAAAUAAGAGCAUAAAAUAUCUUUUAAAGAUUGUGGAAACGUCCCCCUCUUGCCUCUGCCGUGUGUGUGUGUGUGAGUGUUUGUGCGAGUGUGUGUGAGUGUAAGAAUGUAAGUAUUUGCUGUACUGAUACUGAUGGGGCCCAGUCGUUUGAAUGCUAAUGUAAAUCUAAGCUGCGAAUCAGCCGCAGUUGUACAGCUCCAGCCUCAGACUAAAUGUAUCUUUAAUAUAUAUUAGUUAGAAGACCGAGCUUGCAGGCAGAUUGUGAAGAUUACCCGUAAGAUUUUUGUUCUGUUUUAACUUAAAUCAGGUAGGCAGCAUAUCCAUCUUCAUUUACUAUUAUUAGAUGUGUAUGAAUCUACGAUAGUGUAAAAAAUGUGAAUUGGACUGGAAAUCUUGAGAAUAUUGGGUUUUUUUGGUAUGCACCGCUGAAUUGUCAAAGCUAUAGUUCAUCAACAAGAAAAAAAUAUAUACAUUUCCUGCGUUUAUAUCAGCAUGCAGAUUGCCAUGUGAUAGGCUAUAAGCAUACAUUAGUUUUAGCUACACUCUAUGGAAGGAAAUAUUGGAGCACAACCCCUUAAUCAUUAAAUUCAUGUGUUUCAUUAAAUACCAUUGCCACAGGUGUAUAAAAUCAAGCCCCUAGCCAUGUAAUCUGCCUUCAAACCAGAAGGUUCCGAAGAUUGUCUGAGACACACUUUAAAACAGAAACAAAUCUGAUCGCUUAAACCACUUCAAGAGAGAGAGGUCUGAGAUGCGUUUAAACCAGAUAAAAAUUUGCUUAAUGAAACCAGUUUUAGGAGGUGGUCUGAGACUCAUUUGAAACAGAUACAAAUCCGAUUGCUCAAACCAUUUCAGCAAGUCGUCUGAGACGCAUUUGAUACAGAUACUAAUACAAUCGCUCAAACUGCUUCAGGAGGUGGUCUAAGACAAGUUUGAAACAGAGAUACAAAUCCGAUCAUUCAAUCCACUUCAGGAGAUGGUCUGAGAUGCGUUUAAACCAGAUAAAAAAUUGCUUAAUGAAAUCAGUUUUAGGAGGUGGUUUUAGGAGGAGACGCAUUUGAAACAAAUACAAUCAAUCAAACCAAUUUUAGGAGGUGGUCUAAGACACAUUUGAAGCAAAUACAAAUCCGAUCCCUCAAACCACUUCAGUAGGUUGUCUGAGACACAUUUAAAACAGAAACAGAUCCAAUCGAUCAAACCAAUUUUAGUAGGUUGUCUGAGACGCAUUAAUAACAGAUACAAAUCUGAUCACUCAAACCAAUUUUAGUAGGUGGUCUGAGACAAAUUUGAAACGGAAACCAGUCUGAUCACUCAAUCCACUUCAGUAGGUUGUCUGAGACGCAUUUAAACCAGAUACAAAUCCGAUCACUCAAUCCAUUUUAUGAGGUCUGAGACACAUUUAAAGCAGAUACAAAUCUGAUUUCUCAAACUGCUUCAGGAGGUUUUCUGAGACAAAUCUGAAACCGAUACAAAUGCUGUUUUAAACGCACCUAAAAGUGGUUUAAGUGAUCGAAUUUGUAUUGGUUUUAUGUGUGUUUCAGACAACCUCCUGAAGUGGUUUAAGUGAUCCCUUAAUCCGCUUCAGGAGGUUAUCUGAGACAUUUUGAAACGGAUACAAAUCUGAAUGCUCAAUCCACUUCAGGAGGUGGUCUGAGACGCAUUUGAACCAGAUACAAAUUCGAUCACUUAAACCACUUUUAGGUGCGUUUAAAACAGAUACAAGUUAGAUUACUGAAACUACUUCAGAAGAUGUUCUGAGACACAUUGAGACAGGUGUAAGCGGGGGGUUAAAGUCAAUCUGCUCGGUUUACAGUUCUGUCCUCUCAUUGCUUGGUCUUAAGUGUUUCUGCCGGAGAGCUUUUGUUUAAUUUCAUUGCAUAUUUUGUUACAGUUUACUCUGCAGUGAAAUAUUCCCUCGUUGUAAUUCCUGUGUACAAAAAAUGUAAUUACUGCAGUCAAUUGAAGUGCAUUGUAUUUAUAUAGACUAACACUGAGGUUGUAUGUUUUUCUUUGCUUUGAUUACAGGAUAUGUUUCUCUGAUUUCUCCUAAUGAAGCAAAUAGAAAUCCAAACAUGA